AACGGUCGGGAUACCCAAUGGCCGUCCAUUGACCAAAAUUGCCAAGUGCCAUCGUUAUUUUUCAACAACCCAUCCCGUUUCGUUGUUGUGUGCUUGUUGUCGACAGUUCUAACUGUAUUUGUUAUGCUCGUGGUUUGGUGAGCCAUACAAAGUCGUUUCGAUAUUUUUAUUAAUAUUAAUUGUGUAGUGUGAGUUGUGAACUAUUGAAACCAAAAAAUAAAAAUGAAUAAGGACGACAUAUUCGAGUUUGACGCUCCCAAGACGUACGCUAACUUGUACGAAAUGGCCAACGCCGGUGACGACGGAGCUGAUAAGUUUUUCGAUAUAGUUGCUCAAAAGAUGGAGAGUGCUAAAUCUGAACCCGAUUUGGGAAAUAACAAAGAGCGACCGCAGUAUGAUGAUGAUGAGGAAUUUGAGGAAAACAAAGAAAAUUAUGCUCCCGACUUGUUUGACCAACAUAAUAUUAACUCGAUUGCGCAACAGUUGAUUCGUUCAGCCAAAAAACCGCGAUCUUCAAAAUUACACAAUAGACACUCAAUAACAGUAGAAGGCAUUGAAGUUGAAUUGCCUCGCAUUAAACACCACGCCAUGAUCACCAGAUUAGAUGAAUUAGAAAAGACGCCAAAACUGGACCUACGCUCUCGCUCUGUGAUAAAAUCUGAUUACAAAUAUGAAACAGUAGAAUCAGGUUCGCAAGAAAGCAUUAUUUUAAAUAAAAGUACAAAAAAAUUCAUGAGUAUAGCUGAAAAAGUGAGACAUUUCUUCAACGAUACACCACCUAGAUUUCAUUCUAAGCCCACUAUUCGAGCUGGUUCUAAAGUGUUGAAACCUAGUAGUAACAUUCGUUUACUUUCUUAUAACGAAGAUGGCAUGUCAACCACAUCAAGUAAUAAUCGCAAUAUUAUUGAAAACAAACAAACAAAUAAUGGAAACGACUACAAUUUAGGACAAAAUAUACCGAACAUAAAUUUUAACUCUCAGGAUCCUCUUGCUAAUAUGAAAAUGCCACCCAAAACUCAGAAAAUCAAAAUUCUCAAUUCACACGACGGUGUUCAAGUGGUCGAAAAUAAAGAGCUCGGUCACGGCGGCAUUAAAGUUCAAGAAAAACAACUGCAUACAGUUCCUAUUCCGUUUAGCUUCGCAUCACGUAAAUCGACCGCUAUUGUGAAGUCCGACGUCUCCAACAAAAACGCUCAGUGGAUGUUCAAAGCGCGACCUGCCACUGUACUUAAAAAGAAACCUUUUGUGCCAAAACACGAGCAGAAAUGUACAAAAGCAAAAGAUGUUUGUUUAAAUACCGAAAGACGGGCUAAAGAAUGGAUGGUUUUUGAACAAGAAAUAAAAGAAAAGUUUUCACACUACGAAGAAAUGUCAAAAGCAAGACAAGAAGAAUUUAAAAGACAGGAAAUGCAAUCGUUGAAAAAUUUAAGACAACAAACUGUACACAAGCCGAUACCAAUAAAAAAAUAUAAACCAGUUAUGAUAAGAAAAUCAGAAAAGCCCGUUACCGUCCCACACAGCCCGAGAUUUUCAAUCCGCCCGCAAAGAACUUGUUUGAAUACUGUUUGUGAAUAACUUGAGCAUGAUACUUGUAUAACAAUAUAUUAUUUUGAAAAAUCAAGACCUAAGUCUGACCUAUUUUUGAUAUUAUUUGGUUUUUUUUUUAUUAUUAAUUUUGUAAUUUUAAUUGUAAUCUUAAAUUAUCUUUCUAUUGAAUGUUGAAGAAAUUAAACCAAAAACUUGAGUGUAUAAUAACAUUUUGAUAAUUAACUUAAGUAAAAAUAUACGGUUUGUCCUUCUUAGUAAUAAGUAAUUUUUAAGAAAAGCCUUGGACAAGAGCUAUGCUGAAUUUGUGGUAUUGUGAUUCUUUUUUUUUUUUUUUUAUACUUCACUAUUAUGUAUAUUUUAUUAUUAUGAUGAUACUUAUGUUGACAUUUUAAAUUAAAUAUUUAUUUACUCAUUGCCCGUUAGGC